AUGGAAAAUAAAGGACACCUUCUUCCUGUUGAAGCAUGGAGACACAUUCAGAAUUAUAGCCUCUGUCCUGCAACCGGAUCCUAUCGAGAAACCGAUCAUUCCUACAAAAUGAGUAUCGUCAAUAAUGUGAUUGGUCAGGUUAUGGACUUGGGAGUGCUUGAAACUAUCCAAGUCGCAGUGAAGUUUACACCUCGCGACAUCAAGUAA